GCGGCGCUGCAGGGCGGGGCGGGCGCCGAGCGGCAGCGGGGCCCGGCGGGGCGACCCUCCCCGCGCCGCACUUGGUACGCGCCGUUGGAGAGGCCAGGCCCAGCCCCGGCCCCGGCGGUACAAUAGGGUUGGGCCGCGGCCGGGACCGGGCCGGCACCGGGCAGGGAACACGAUCGCGGCCCGAAUCGCAGGCGCUGGGCAGCCGACGCGUCCGAGCUUCGCAGCCACCGCCGACCCCACAGCUUCGACCUUUCACGGAGCGACCCCACCCCCACCCCCACCCCAGCUCCGAGUCGUUGCCGGCCGGGCCGGGCCGGGCGUGAUGCGCCGCGGGACCCGGGUCCUGGCCGCCGGCCGCCGCCGCCGUCGCCGCUGAGACCCCCGCACCCGCAGAGCCCCGGGACGCCGCAGUGAUGGAGAGCAGCCCGCACGCGGGGCGGGGAGCCGGCGCAGCCCCAGCCCUGGCAGCCCGGACCCCAACAGAGCCAAGACCUUCUCCAGAAGGUGACCCCUCCCCACCACCACCACCACCACCCACGUCCGCCCUGGUUCCCGACACUCCUCCGGAUACCCCUCCUGCCAUGAAGAAUGCCACUAGCCCCGAGCAGCUGCUCCCUCUGGACCCAGAGAGGCCUCACAGCCAGGAAGAGUCCCCUUUCUCGGAAGUGAAGGUCCGAGGGUCCACCCCACCAGCCACAGGCCCGCGGGAUGCCAGGCCGCCUCGCAGGAGCAGCCAACCAUCCCCAACAGCAGUGCUAGCCGCCGACAGCCCACCCGCCAAGCAAGAUGUAAAGAAGGCAGGAGAGAGGCACAAGCUGGCCAAGGAGCGGCGAGAGGAACGGGCCAAGUACCUGGCGGCCAAGAAGGCGGUUUGGCUGGAGAAGGAGGAGAAGGCCAAGGCGCUGAGGGAGAAGCAGCUUCAGGAGCGCCGAAGGCGGCUGGAGGAGCAGCGGCUGAAGGCCGAGCAGCGCCGGGCGGCCUUGGAGGAGCGGCAGCGGCAGAAGCUGGAGAAGAACAAGGAGCGCUACGAAGCAGCCAUCCAGAGGUCAGUCAAGAAGACCUGGGCGGAAAUCCGGCAGCAGCGCUGGUCCUGGGCAGGCGCCCUGCACCACAGCUCCCCAGGACAUAAGACCAGUGGGAGCAGGUGCUCCGUGUCGGCAGUAAACCUGCCCAAACACGUGGACUCUAUAAUCAACAAGCGGCUCUCAAAGUCCUCUGCCACGCUCUGGAACUCCCCCAGUAGAAAUCGCAGCCUGCAGCUGAGCGCCUGGGAGAGCAGCAUCGUGGACCGUCUGAUGACGCCCACCCUCUCCUUCCUGGCACGGAGCCGCAGUGCCGUCACACUGCCCCGCAACGGCCGCGACCAGGGUAGGGCCGGCGGCCCCGGGAGAGCCCCCAGCAGGGGCCGGGCAGGGGCCGGCCUCGCCUGUGGGCCGCGCCCCGACCGCACUCAUCCCUCCGCAGCCGUGCCCCUGUGCCCGCGCUCGGCCUCCGCUAGCCCCCUGACGCCGCCCUGCAGCGCCCCCCGAAGCGGGCACCGCUGCGCUCCCUCUGGGGAGCGCGCGGAGCGCCGCAAACCCAGCGCGGGCAGCAGCCCCGUUCUGGUGCGCAGGCGGCCCGAGGCCUCGCCGGUGCAGAAAAAGGAGAAGAAGGACAAGGAACGGGAGAACGAGAAGGAGAAGAGCGCCCUGGCCCGGGAGCGCAGCCUCAAGAAGCGCCAGUCCCUGCCCGCCUCUCCCCGCCCGCGCCUCUCUGCCUCCGAGCUCAGUCCUAAAUCCAAGGCCCGACCAUCCUCUCCCUCCACAUCCUGGAACAGGCCUGCUUCACCUUGUCCCAGCCCGGGGCCAGGCCACGCUCUGCCCCCCAAGCCACCAUCCCCCCGGGGCACCACUGCAUCGCCCAAAGGGCGGCUUCGGAGAAAGGAUGAGUCCAAGGAGAACCCCAGUGUGGCUGGGGCUGAGGACAAGAACCAGAUCAAGGGCAGGGCUGGCGACGGGAAGGAGGCAGCGUCACCCGCCUCCCCGGCAUCCUCACCCGCACCCUCUCCUACCCCUGCCCCACCCCAGAAGGAGCGACCCCCAGUGGAGAGCUCUGCAGAUACUGCUGUGCUGACCUCACCCCCAGCGCCGCCUCCCCCGGUGACCCCGAGCAAGCCCAUGGCGGGCACCACGGACCGCGAAGAGGCCACCCGGCUCCUCGCUGAGAAGCGGCGCCAGGCCCGGGAACAGCGGGAGCGGGAGGAGCAGGAGCGGAGGCUGCAGGCCGAGAGGGACAAGCAAAUGCGGGAGGAGCAGCUGGCGCGGGAAGCUCAGGCCCGGGCGGAGCGCGAGGCCGAGGCCCGGAGGCGGGAGGAGCAGGAGGCCUGCGAGAAGGCCCAGGCCGAGCAGGAGGAGCAGGAGCGGCUGCAGAAGCAGAAAGAGGAGGCUGAAGCCCGGUCCCGGGAGGAAGCAGAGCGACAGCGGCAAGAGCGGGAAAAGCACUUCCAGCGCGAGGAGCAGGAGCGGCAAGAGCGCAGAAAGCGCCUGGAGGAGAUCAUGAAGAGGACUCGGAAGUCAGACGCCACGGAGACCAAGCAGAAGCAGGACGGAAAGGAGGCAAAAGCCAACACCUCGAGCCCAGACCCUGACAAAGCCAGCGAGUCGCGGUCCUCAGAGUUGCAGAAGGAAACGGGACAGAAGGAGGCUCUGGCUCCCCAGGAGCCUCAGUGGAGCCUGCCGAGCAAGGAGGCGCCCGGGUCCCUGGUGAACGGCCUGCAACCUCUCCCCGCGCACCAGGAGAACGGCUUCUCCUCCAAGGGACCCUCUGGGGACAAGAGUCUGGGCCGCACACCAGACACGCUCCUGCCCUUCGCGGAGGCAGAAGCCUUCCUCAAGAAAGCCGUGGUGCAGCCCCCACAGGUCACAGAGGUCCUUUAAAGGGUGACCUUGGCUCCAGGCACAGCGCUGAGGGCUCCUCUGUGUCACCUACCAGGAUGUCUGAAGAGAAGGAAACGGAACAAAGCCGGAAGUGGCCUGGGCGCCCGGGAGGGGUCCUCUCUGUUGUUUUUAAUCUGCACCUUAUAGACUGAUGUCUCUUUGGCAGGAGCCAGGUCCUGUCCUCAGUGCAUUUGUGUGCUCACAGGCACAGACACCCCCACCCCCAUACACACACAUACACUCAGCCUCUGGGCCUCCUCUCGCCAGGAGGGGUCCUCCGUAGUAUUUGCCUUGGUUCGGUGGGGUUCGGUGGAUGUGAAUACUGUAAAUAGCUUGAGCUCAGACUCCUCUGCGUGGAGGGGCGGGUGCAGGAGGUAGACCCUCCCAAGACUCCCUGGGUAGCUCUCCCUCGCUCUAUUUAACUGUAACUGAGGGGGAGCCCAGGAACGGGCUGGGGGCACCUGGGGCCACAGGUUGCUUUAGGGGGAUCUGUGCCUCCUGCCCUCGCCUGGAAUCAGUGUUAUUGCAUCUGAUCAAAUGUCUCCGGAAAUAAAGAGAGAAAACUC